CGAACACCGACGAAACGAAAAGUUCACCACGCCAGUUCCUCAUCCAGUUUACGCUCAGAGUCCAGUUCGAAACCGACGCCAGUAGACGUAGUCGCCCAAAUUCAAGAGCAAGCGCGUCGUCACUAGACGCGGACACAGUUACGCCGUCAGACACCUGUUCGUUGGUUUGGUAAGCGCGGUCAAGAAGUGAGUGAAAGAGUUGAGCACAACGGUUUUCGAGUUGGUGCGGCUUGGUCGUUGGAUUUUGUGAUUUUUUUUGAGUGUUUGAGAGGGUGGUUCGGGUUACGAUGGACGAGAAGAAGAGGUCGAGCCUGCUGGUGCGGUUGCUGGUCGGAUUGUCGUUGUUUCAAGGAUACUAUUUCGCACACGUUGAAGUCACCCCUAGCGAGAUAUUGGUACUGCCUGGACACAACGUAACCUUCGUUUGUAGGGUUGCCGUACGCUUGCAAUACUGCAGGGUGGAAAUACCAGGAGAAGAAAGCAAGAAUCUCAAUCCCAGCCUACCAUCAAACGAUAACGUGAAAUACUACGGCGUGGGCUUGGACAGCGGACAAUGCGGAUUCACCAUCAACAGCGUGUCCGAAAAGAACAACGGCAUCAUCAAAUGCACCCUCGGAAUGACCACAGAGACCAAGGAAUCAGUCGGAAAGAUGCAUCUUAUAGUUGCCAAGCCUCCCCAGCCGCCCAUGAUGGAAGUGAGCAGGGGACCAGACAACGUCGGAGUCUACAAGAUCCACGACACCAUACACGCGUCCUGUGCCGUCAACGAUGGCAGACCGGCCGCCAACAUCUCCUGGUACUUGGACGAUGUACCGAUCUUGGAAGGUCUCAGCAUGCCCACCAUCGUCGAGAUCGCCAAGGAAAAUUUGCAAUCCAAAUCGCAAAAUCUGACGAGGCAACUGAGGGCGUCCGACAACGGUAAAAGGUUGAGAUGCGUGGCCCAUCAUCCCGCCUAUCCGAACGGUCAACACGAGACGAGCAGACAGCUGGACGUUGUUUACCCUCCGCAACCCCUGAAGAACCCCCUGGAGCAGUUCGGAUACAUCAUCGGGCAGCAGGGUGUUAUCUCCGUUGUUAUCGAGGCAAACCCCAAGCCGAAGAUCGAGUGGUUUGUUGCCGGUCAGAACAUCAAGGAGGGAAACAGCGAUAACACCGGGAGGAUAGACGCCCAACCUAUCGUGGAAUUGGAGCAAGGGAGAUACGAGGUUAACCUGAGGAUGGCGGCCGUCCAGAAGGAGGACACGGAGAAAGAAUACAUCCUCGCCGCCCAAAAUCAGAUGGGACGCCAGGAGUACCACGUGAGGAUUUCGACGAAUCCGGAGCCAGAAGGUUUGGAACUAGGCCUUGGAUCCUUGGUCGGCAUUGUGGUGGCAAUAUGUAUCCUCCUCAUGGCUGUUUUCCUUCUGAUCUUCGCAAAAACCACAGGAAGGUGGUGUUUUUCUGGGGGCGCCACCGUCAUCGACUAUACUAGCGAAAACGGCACCCGUCAAGGUCAGGACGCGAUCUCCGGCGACGGGGUGGACAACCCCCAUCACCAGACGUCCCAAGAGUACAUCAACGGUAACGAUCUGCCGAUCAAAAAGGACGAAAAGAUCAACACGCAGGUUUAAUGUCGCCCCCGAAGAAAGUGGAGGUUUCGUGUUGUUGGACGCCGCGAGAGACAAUACGUUCAACGGCGAUUUUUGUCCGAGAAAUUUUCCACCUAUAAACAAGGAUAAUUAAGAAAAUAAGACACGAGACAAAAAGAAAUGCUCAAACGGGUGGGUUUCAAUUUGAAUUUCGAAAAAUUGUAACCUACGAUCGUUUCUGUUUCGAGGACACUCUGUAUAUCCGUUCACAUUCGACGUCUGACCAGGGGAAUCCGUUGAAGGCUCCCUUCGUAGGUCCAUGGUUGUUGCAGGUCUAAAAUUGGAAAAUUUCACCUGUAUGAGCAUUUUUCCCCAUAAACUCGCACUUUACAGGAUAAGAAUCUCAUUUUUAUCACUUAUUUCUGAAAAUUUCUCGAACAAAAAUAAUCUCAAAUGGUUCGUCUCGAUAUGAGGGCUGUUUCUGACAAACGGCCGAUGUAAUGCUUAAAUCAAAAUAUAUGAGAAAUUUUCUUUUCUUGAGGAGAAUGACUAUAACUUUCGAAUUUUUCGACCUUUUAUUUUACUGGCGGAUAUUUCUCUAUCUUCUGUUGAAUUCGAGAGAAGACUUAACUGGGCCACAUUCCUUAAAAUGUUAUUUUAAGUAGUCUUAAGUGUCCACUAGCUUAGAAUAUUUAUUAUCAUUUUUGUGAAGUUUAGCAUUAAGGAUCAUCAAACUUAUUGUCUGAAUAUUUCUCUCAUUUUUUUUUUGUUUUUCUCUGAUGUUCUGUACAUAAACACUUCUUGAUAUACAUUCCAUUUCUUUAUUUUCUCUUUUGUAUAUCUCCCUAUCUUAUUAAAACUACAUGACAAUAAUUUACGUUCUUUUCCUUUGAUUCUCGAACUGAAAUUUUUUGAGCUUUUUCUAAGAUAUCAUCUACUUAUGAAGAUAUAAAAAAAAAUGACUUUAAUGUGAGCUCUUUGUUGACCUGUUACUCGGAAAAAAUUCAAUUGAAUAUUCGUGAUUUAUCGAUAUUUCCAAAUAGUAUAUUUAAUGAAUAGUUGAAAUGAUAAAUGUAAAAAUUUUGUAUGUUGAAUGUACUUUAAACGAUAAGUUGAGAUUGUAAUUAUAAAAUUGUUUUAUAAAUAAAGAUCUAUUGCCGA